AUGCUGUCUGAGGUCAUUGCCCUCAUCGAGAAGGAGAGGGAUGGGCUGAUCCAGGACAAGCGCGACAUGCGGCAGCAGCUGAGCGCCCUGCAGGCCCAGCUGGCCGGCCCGUCAGGUCAUGCCUCAGCAAGAAAUUUACUGCCCAAGCAUUUGAUCAUUGUGCACUGCAGGAUUGCAUUGUCGACGAACAGAGCCAAAAGCAGGCUUGAGGAAGUCAAGAAGAAGCAGAAAAAGGACGAGAAGAAAAAGGGUGCUCCAGCAAUGAAGAUGAGGAAAGACCUGGUGAAUGUGCGGGUGGUGCAGCGGAACCUGGUGUAUGUGGUGGGUCUGGCGCUGGAGCUCUGCUAUGAGGACCUGCUCAAGGGUCCUGAAUACUUUGGCCAGUUUGGCAAAGUGAUCAAGAUCUCUGUGAGCCGAGCUGGACCCUACAGCACAGCUGCAGCAAAGAAUGGCCCGACGGGGAGCGCAUACAUCACGUACAGGAGACCAGCAGAUGCCAAGCGGUGCAUCGAGACUGUGCAUGGUGCCCUGUGGGAAGGCAAAAUCAUGAAGGCGUGCUAUGGCACCACCAAGUACUGCAACGCGUUCUUGAAGGGCCUGGUGUGCAACAAUUCUGACUGCCUCUACCUGCACGAUGUUGCGGAUGACGAAGACAGCUACACAAAGGAGGAGACCAAGACACCCAAGUUUGUGAACCUGGUACAUGCGGCAUCCAUUCAGAAGCAGGCCAGCCAAGCAGUGCAGGCAGCAGCACCUGUGGCCAGUGGGACGCCUCGAGCACAGCCUGCAAACGGCCAUGCGGCAGCUCUCCAAGGACCAAGCGAAAGCGAUCGCUCAGCGCUUGUGACCAGCUCACUCCCGGAGCCUCUCAACGACCAGCAGGCGGGCACAUCUGGAGCGUGGCCGGCGUUGGGAGGGGCCACAUGGGCAGCCAAGGCUGUGACGCCCCCGGCUGCACCGCCGCCGCAGCCGCCGCCGCCGCCCCCCUCGGCAGAGGACAGCACGCAGGAGUGGCCCGAGCUGCCUGGCGCCCUCACAGACUCGCCAGAGGCGGCCAGGGCGGGCGGCGCGGCCCCGGUGGCCCCUGUUGCUGUACAACUGCAGCGAAAGGGCAGCACCAUGGCCGCAGAGCUGGCUCGGGCUGCAUCCGCGCCCAACGGCGGCGCGGCGGCAGCCAAGGUGCCAGCGUCUCGGCAGCCUGCAGCUAACGCGGUCCUUGUCGUGCCAAAGAAGAAGGCGGCGGCAGUGCGGACGCCCAAGAAGCCCGCUGCCGCUGCAGCGCCAGCUGCAGCAGCUGCUGAUGCCCAAGUCAGCAAAGCGGCGGAGGCGACCCAGCAGAGCAGCAAGGCAGCGGGUGACGGUGGCGCCGCCGUGGAUCCAGGCAGUCCUAUAGUUGCCGUCAGCAAGGCUGCUGAAGCCGCAUCGGGCAGCAAGGCGGGACGGGAGCAGGAGGCAGCAGCUGUGGAGAGCGGUCAAGAUACCAGCAAACAAGCAGGCCCACAUGGUCGACAGGCUGACGCGGGCUCUCCUGUACAAGACAAUGCUGGCAAGCUGGAGCAGAGCCAAACUUUGUCUGGGGACAGCAGCGGCAAGAAGGCUGGGCCUCCCCCUGGUUUCGAGGCGCUCAAUGGGGCUGCAGCAACAAAUGGGCGGCCUAAGAAGGGACCCCCUCCUGGCUUUGUGGCACCGGAGGGCACUGCCUUUGCUGGCGCUGGGUCUCCCUUUCAGUCGUACGGUUCUGAGUCAUCGACGACCUCGGCUGCCCGGGAGUACCAGCCCUCAGCUGGCGGCCCCUCUGCCGCUGCUGCACCGAAGCCACCUGGCGCUUGGGAUCCUGCGGCAAGCCUGCCGAGCCUGGACAGCAUCUGGGGCGGCGCGCCACAGGAGCAGGCGCCCGCGGCCGCGCAGAUCCCCUUGCUGCCGCCGUCCAACCGCUCGCGCUCGCGCUUCCCCUUCGCGCAGGGCAGCGAGGACCACUCAUCCUCCGGCCGGCUCGCUGCCGCUCCUUUGCCCCCGAACGGCCCAGUCCCCUCGUUCUCCCCUUGGGUCCACGGGAGCGGCGGCGAUGGCGGCGGCAGGGCGGCGGACCUGGCCGGCGCGGCGCUGCUGCGCCAGCUGCAGAGCGGCCCCAAUGGCACCGCGCACUUCAACGGCUACGGCAACGGCCAUGUGAAUUUAAGUGGCGCGUACAUCGGCGAGCGUGAAUUCUCCCUGCAGCCGGGUCCCCGCGCCUACCAGAUGAUCCCCACGCCCAACCCACAGAAGGCCUUCCCGCCACGCGUGGUGGCUCCUGCAGCUGGUGGCCCGCCAGGCUUUGCCGAGCAGCAGCAGCUGCACAUGCAGCAGCAGCAGCAGAAUGGCUUCCAUGCAG